AUGGGCUCGCAUGACCAACACUCGGAAGAGGAGGUCAAGUCGACAAGCUCUGACAACCACUCAAUACAUUCUAUCCCGGUACCGGAUCAACCAGAAGUCGAGUCGAUCUCUGCUCCAUUGCCCACAACAGACGGCAUACACUCUCUACCUAACCCGGACCAUGAAGAUGCAUCAUCAACAGAGAAACAGGCUACGGACUCGAUAGCCAGCCAGGACCCAGAUCCAAUAUUCGUACCCAAGAGCCAACGGAGAGGACUACUAGCCCGCGUAACUAUCCUUGCCGAAGUCGAGAACCCAAAACACUAUGCCCGUCGGACGAAAUGGCUCAUCACCUUUGUCGUUGCUGUGGCAGGUGCGGCUGCUCCUAUGGGUAGCGCCAUCAUCCUACCCGGUCUGUCCCAAAUCGACCGCGAGUUCCAUUCCUCUUCUACUGUCACUAAUCUCUCGGUUGCUUUGUACAUGUUGAGCAUGUCCAUCUUUCCACUUUGGUGGUCCAGUUUCUCCGAGACCCUGGGACGUAGGACUAUCUAUCUCAUCUCUUUCUUCGUCUUCCUGGUCUUCAACAUUUUGAGUGCUGUCAGUGUCAACAUUGCCAUGUUCAUUGUCAUGCGUGUGCUCUCUGGAGGUGCUGCUGCCUCGGUGCAAGCGGUGGGAGCUGGGACUAUCUCAGACAUUUGGGACGUCAGAGAACGUGGCAAUGCCAUGUCCAUAUUCUAUCUAGGUCCCUUGUGUGGUCCUCUUUUAGCCCCCAUCAUUGGAGGAGCCUUGACACAAGGACUUGGCUGGCGUAGCUGCAUGUGGUUCACCACAAUAUACGGUGGACUUCUCUGGUUCUUCAUCCUCUUCUUCCUACCAGAGACGCUGAAGGACACAGUUCCCCCUUCCGUUAUUGCCGAUGCCUCGGAAAAGGACACCAACACCGACACAAGACCAACCCUAUCACGCACGAGCACACGUCAAAGUGUGGCACUAAAGUCAAAACGCUAUGCAAGCAUCCUACAUCGAUGGUUCGUGGAGCCUUUGACCAUCGUCCUCAACCUACGCAUCCCCGCCGUGGCCUUGGUCGUCUACUACGCCAGUAUAACCUUCGGCUCUCUCUACGUCCUCAACAUCUCCGUUCAACAAACCUUUGGCGAGGAACCCUACAACUUUUCCAUCAUUAUCGUCGGUCUUUUGUAUAUUCCGAACUCGCUAGGCUAUUUCCUGGCUUCUGUGUUUGGAGGCAGAUGGGUAGACAAAAUCAUGGCUCGCGAAGCCAAAAAAGCAAAUCGUUAUGAUGAACACGGUCAUCUUAUCUAUCGUCCUGAAGAUCGCCUGCAGGAGAAUGCCUGGUUGGCCGCUGUUAUUUUUCCUUGUGCCCUGAUUUGGUACGGCUGGACUGCUGAUAAACACGUCAUCUGGAUUGUGCCAAUGAUAGCAAACUUCUUCUUUGGCGUGGGAAGUAUGCUGAUUUUUGCUGUCGUUACAACCAUGCUUACGGAGUUCAUGCCCAAGAAAGCAAGUCAUGGUAUUGCGCUAAACAACUUUGUACGCAACAUCUUUUCUUGCGUGGGUUCUUUGGUUGCUAGUCCAUUGAUCAACUGGUGUGGAGAUGGCUGGUUGUUUACAUUUAUUGGCAUUUGGUGUUUGGUUUCUGGCAUACUAGUGCUCUGGAGUAUGAAGAGAUUUGGCGAGGGGUGGAGGGUUAAAGCUGCCGAGUUGAUGGUUUGA